CCUAACAUAAACGAACAAGAAUUUUGUACAACAUCAGUGAUAGAGUUUUGGUUGAGAAUAUUUUUUGAUUUUACUAUGAUUGACAGGACGAUUAAUAAGCAUAUUGAAAGAGUAAGGAAGGUUUUUUCUUUGCCAUACUUAGAGAUUGAUGUCUGGGAUGUCCCAUUGA